GACGCGUUUCGUGUUAUUUAUUUAAGUUUAAACAUUCAUGAGGGCUCUGCAUUAAUUUGAAGCAAAAACAUAUUAAAAAAGAAAGAGAAGUAGGAACAGAAAUAGGAAACACGCUAGUUAUAGAAAAAAGAAAAAAGAAAAACGACAGUUAACCAAAAAAUAAACAUUUGAUUUGGGUAUUGUCUGACGGAUGGAAUUCAGGAAUUGAGCCAGUACUAGGUACUAGGUAAGGUGGUAGAUCAGAUUUCGAAAAUCAAUUAAUAAUAACCGAUUGAUUAAAAGAAUUAUUUUGAAUAGAAGAAUAACUUAUUUAUUGACUGACAAAUGAAAAACUAUGCCAUUUCGUAUAACUGGCAACAUGCCAAUCGAUAUAUUUGAAAAUCGUAUCAAAGUGGAAUUUAUAGUGUCGAUUUAAUAAUGAUAAGAAAAAUAGACAUUUAAAUCAGCUGGUAAAUAAGGGUGUGGGUGUAGGGUGAGUUUCCGUAAGAGAAAAGAAUCAAAUAUUCCUAAGCAACUUAUGACGCAUUUCGUCCUUGCUAAAAUGACCCAUCUGAUAGUUUCAGGAAUAUUCUAUUGUUUGCAUUCUAGAGUUUUCUAAUAAAUUUAUUGAGAAGUAGGCCAAAGUGCGGUACCGUGUUACAAGUCAUUUGAAGAGUGUGAAGUUAAUGUGGAUUUAGAUAAUCUUGGAGAGAUCGAUAGAAAUCAAAAUGAAAAUACUGUUGUAUAGGGCAUAAAGUGGAAAAAAUAUUGUUUAGUGGGAAUAUCGUGUGGUUUGAAAUUUAGUGUAAUGUUUUUUUAUAUCCGAGUUCACUCAUUAUGUUGGUGUUUUCAAAAGGUGGAUGUUUUAUAAUGCUAGGAGGAUUAUGAUUAAAAAGAAGAUAGGGAAAACACAUCUUUUAUUUUGUCUUCACUUGAAUGUUGAUGGAUUGAUGAUGACGACGGCGGUAUAGCUUCGAUUGUCGUCGACGUGUGGGUACCAGCGGAGUAGCCGACCGUGUAAAUAACGGUGCUUGAGGUUGAUCAUUGUGACGAUUUGAGACUCCGUGUAGAGCAAUAUAAGAAUAAUAUAUAUAUACCAAUAUACUUCUAUUUCUUAAAGAAAAAUCGCACACAUUACUGUGUUUUCUUCUUUCUUUAUAUAGUCUUUAGAAAACACAGUCACUCACUAACAUAAAAAUAUCCAAGUACAAAGAUAAUAUUUAUAACGUAUUUAUCACUCGAUCAGAGGUUGGGAUAUAGCAAAGUUAUUUCUAAAUAUAAUUAUUAAGCAAGAGAAAGAAUAACAUAAUGUACAGGGUGCGUAAAAAUGUUUUUCCGGGGAGGUAACUCUACACUAACAAACAGUAACCAUGAUGAAUCUUAUACUGAAUGAAAGCGCGGAAAAAAUGCGAUUUUCUGAUACUAAAUUGUAAGGCUUUUGAAAACUGUUUUGUAACGAAUAUAGGUUAGCUUUGAAAAUUUGCACAGAAUCGUUGUAAUUACGCACUCGAUAUUGAGUUUUCAGAUAAGAAAUGUGCUUUUUUGCCACACAAACGUUUUAAAGUACCACUGUGCGAAUCAUUUAAUAUAAUUCGACACGUAAGAUGAUAUCAUUCUUACUCAUUCUCUCAUUCCUUGAUGUUCUGCUUUUGCAUAUGAAGAAUGAUAUGCCAGCAAAAUAGGAGAAAGUGUGUAGCAGUAUUCUUUAUCUAUUCUUCACUGAAUAUCUUUUCGUUCUGUGAGCACGUUUCGAUUUACUAGUCAAAUGGUAUUUUUCUUUUCUAUCUGUUUAUGGAUAAAAAAAUUUACGACUCUCGGCAGACAAAUUCAUUUCGUGAUAUAUAAGAUAGAUAGAUAGACAAACACAAUCGAUCCUCUUACUGACUGAAGUUAGUUUAAUUAGGUGAAAAUGGCUGGUACCUACGACUCAAAGCAGCAAAGAAUCUCCGACAGAAUUAAAUGUAUCGCUUUUCGUGCGGCUCGAGAUGAUAGCGCAACAUUUAUUACUCGACAGUGGAUUGUAGGAAAAAUUUCUCGUAGUACGCGAUUUGUCACAGAAUGGUGGGAGAGAUCGUAGGAUGAUUAUUCUCAAUGUGGUCAAAAAUUGAAACUAUCAGAUGCCAGUCAAGAUCUCAUUCGCGAUGCAACUGGCAAGCAAAAAAGAAGUUCUUAUGCUUUAGUCAAAGGGAUUGCUACAAAACACAAAGAACAUGUUACAUCAAAAACAAUCGAUAAUUAUCGUCAUAGGGAAGGACUGAAACCAUUUCAUGUUAUUCCGAAACCCUUAAAAACCGAAACUCAUAUUUCGAAUCGAUUAUGGCUUUGCGAUUGGCUAAGAGACUGGGCUCAAGAGGAUUUUUUUCAUCUCGCACCGUCAGAUGAAUUUUAUGUUUGGACUAUUCGCAGGCCAAAUUAUCAAAAUGAUAGAGUUUGGGCAAGAAGUACUGAAGAUAUCGAAGACAAUCAAAGAUAUCGUGAAAUGGUGGCAUUUGUUCAUGAUAAAGCACCAUGUAUGCGUGCAAAUAUGACCCAACAUUUACUUAAAGACAACGAUAUCACUUUUUGGGGGUAA